GGCGGAUAAUUUGCACAGCAUCGAUGGGUGUUCGGCAGUUUCGGACAGUUGUGAUGAUCCUUAUGUGAGGCAUGUAUGUUGCUCGACGUGCGCACGGGCUUCGAAAGUCAGCAGGGAUGUUGAAGAUACCAUUGAUCCUGCUGCUACGUUGGACAUAAUUUCGAUUGGCGCCACCAACGUCAAGAAGGAACACUUUGAUCUCAACAGGCGCGGGGAGCAUCUCCUGCUCAGGGUGCCAUCCGACCCCGAGCUCCCCGCCUCGCUGCAAGUGCAAGGUCAUGUUUCUGUAGACAUCGGCCUCACGUGCAGGACUUACAUAUCCGACGUCACCUUAAGCGGAACGUGGCUCGACAAACAAAUGGUGAGUUUCCGGCCGAUGAGGAAGAACAAGUUCAACAAGGACCAGCCCUACCCUUUCGCGGCGAGGGUGUUCUCGUCCGAGGACAUGAGCGGGCCGUGGAGGACGCCCGAGGCCUUCCCCCAGAAGGAGGAGGUGUCUGGCCUCGUGACAAUCGGCCUCACGCGCUCGAAGGACGAGGAAAAUGGCGGCGCCAACGAGACCUUCCUGCUCACAGUCGGUCCGGAGCCGAACACUGCCGCGAUCCUCGUCUCCCAGGGGGCCCACGGCCUCCACGCCGAGCUGCACAGGCUGGAUCAGCUCGGAGAGAAGCAUCUCGGAGGGCUGUUGGGCACGGAGGACCGCAGCAACACCGAGGAGGAACCCGCCAAGGAAUGCGUGGCCAUGCAGGCCAACAGGACGAGGUUGAUGAUGGAGGAGAGGAGUGGCUCGCGCGGCCCCGGGUGCUGGCCACCUGGAGCUGAGCCGCGGCCAGCUCCGGCGGGAGUGCGCGCUCCCAUCCUUUUUUUCGGCGGCGCGCACGAGGGCCGAAGAAGAGAGAGCUCAGAAUACACGCGUGCUUUUUGCAAUUUGAGUGUCCAGGGGCGGCCUUCGGGCCCCUGGACAGACUGCACGCGGCGAGAAGUCGGCCUGGGGAAUCGGGUCGCAAGAGCUCUGGGGGGCUCGCGCCAUUAACAACAACCUUUUGGUCGCAGCGAUGAGGAUCGCGCAUCGCGUCCGUAGCCUGAGAGCAACAGCUCGACGCGGGAGGUCCACCCCUCGUCAUCUUUUUUGGACCUGCCCUUCGCCCCGGGAUUUCCGCCGGGCGGGCUCGGGUGGGUGCGCCCUCUGUGCUCACCCGUUUUCGCGGGAUGGUAGCCUGUGACCCCCCACCGGGCGGCGACGGCUUGGCAGCUUGUGCCAGGACUGGCGCCGGCGCCGGAGGCUCUGGUGGUGACCGCCGCCGCCAGAUCGG